GCCUCACGAAAACCUGGGUCUGGAACGUUGAAUCAGCUGACGAGAAUGCUGCUUAGGAAAUAUGACUGUGGCGUUCGCCCCGUUUGCAACUGGACCAGCGCAACCACCGUCUACGUGGACUUCAUAUUACAGUCAAUUCUUGAUGUGGAUUCAAAAACUCAGAGUAUUACCACAAGUAUUUGGUACAGACAGAUCUGGACAGAUGAGUUCCUGGUUUGGGACCCGGAUGAAUUUGACGGGAUCAACGAGAUUUCUCUGUCAUCGGAUGCCAUCUGGAUACCCGAUAUUAUUGUCAAUGAAUUUGUGGACGAGGGGAGAUCACCGCCCAUCCCGUAUGUUUAUGUCAACUCGUCAGGCUGCGUGAAGAACUAUCGGCCGAUGCAGGUGGUGCUGGCCUGUCGCCUGGACAUGUACGCCUUUCCCUUUGACAAACAGAACUGCAGCCUCACCUUCCGAAGCUGGCUCCACUCAGUGAAGGAAAUCGACCUGGCUCUGUGGAGGAGCGCCGAGGCCAUUGCUAACGAUCAGAGGGAGUUCAUGAAUGACGGCGAGUGGGAACUGCUGUCCAUACCGUCACGCUACUGGCGCCUCCAGCAGGACGAUGGCGACUACGCCCACGUCUGCUUUAAUGUAUUGAUCCGAAGGCGCCCCCUGUUGUACGUGGUGGGCCUCCUGAUUCCCAGCGUCUUCCUGAUGAUUGUGGAUGUGAUGAGCUUCUACCUGCCUGUAGACAGCGGGACCCGUAUCGGCUUCAAGAUCAGCACGUUACUGGGCUACACCCUUUUCCGAGUCAAUUUAAUGGACGAACUGCCCGCCACUGCCAUCACGACACCGCUCAUAGGUGUAUUCUUUGCCGUGUGUAUGGCGAUGCUCAUGCUCAGCCUGAUCAAGUCCAUCCUGGUGGUGAAGUUGCUCCACCACGGCGAAAAGGAGGUCCGGGAAAUGUCAGUGUCGGCUUGCCUUUUGGACAAGUACCGCCUCACUGAAAGCACCUUGACCUCCACCAGAACCCUUGACGAGCUCCACCAUUCUGGAGAUAUCGACUUGGAGACCUCCCUGGAGGAGGACCUGGAAUCGCUCGACAACAUCCAGGAAAAUCCUUCCAGUCUGGAGUGGCUCCUCAGGGAGUUGAUUUCCCUCCGUCUGGCCUUUUCCCAGGAGGACUGCGAGUCUUCGGCUCAGGCUGAAUGGCUGGCACUCUGCUCAAAGCUCGACCGCUUCCUCUUCCGCCUCUACCUGAUUGUUCUGGCCGUGUAUGCCGGGACCCAGCUGCUGUUCUGGGCCAGCUGGAGCUUUGCCUAA